GCACAUGGACAGAAAGCCGCGAGCAGGACGCUAAUAAGUCAGUCUUAUUAUUUGUUCUACAGUUUGAAAUAUUUUCGUCGUAUAACAUACAUCUUUGAUUCUUUAUUUAAGGAUAAAGUGGUCUCGAUGCGCUAGAAGCACUGUGCCGCUUCUCGUGCUAUCUUUGCUUGUUAGUUAGCUUAGCUCGCUAGUUAGCUUAGCUUGUUAGCUGCUAACAGAAGACACAGAAGUUAUCAACACAUCGCUAAGUAGAGAUCAAGUGUGAGAGUAAAGUGGUUGUGAUUGUGUGAAAAUGUCUACAUUACAAAUGUUGAGAGCGUUGGUGGAUCAGCGACUAACUGCUGCCGUUGAAGAAAUAUUUGUAGUGUUAGAAAGAACGAUAGCAGAAUACGAGGCGGAACUUUCUAGAACAAAAGAGGAAAACUAUCAAAUACUGGACGCUGUUUUCAAGAAACAUCAAGUUGUGUUACACAGAACAGACGUCCAGCAGGUGUCAGCAGAGAGUCAUGAAGAGAUUCCCUCCAAGCAGCAAGAGUGGAGCUCCAGUGUGGGACAGAAGGAGCUACAGGCCCCCUCCCACAUUAAAGAGGAAGAGGAGGAACUGUGGAAGCAGCUUCAAAGGUUGGUGGAGGAUAAUGAUGAAGCUGAAGCUCAGUCCUUACAGCUUCAUCACAGUCAAAGUGAGGAGAACAGAGGGGCGGAGCUUGUAAGUCAACACAUCACAGAAGCUGAUGGAGAGCAUUGUGAACAUAUAAAGUCAGAACCAGACAGCAUCUUUGCUCCACUGUCAGACAUGGACCACAUGAUGUCAGACUCUUCUGAUCACAGUGACCACAUCCAAAAACCUUUGGAGAGGAAAAAUUACUCUAAAGGUGAUACAAGACAUCACACUAACAACAAACACUUUGACUGCUCUCAAUGUGGGAAAUCAUUUAGACUGAAGACUGAUUUUACAAGACACAUGAGAAUACAUACUGGAGAGAAACCUUUUACUUGCUCUGUUUGUAAAAAAAGUUUCUCCACAAAGCAACACAUGACCACACACAUGAGAACACACACUGGAGAGAAACAUUUUACUUGCUCUGUUUGUAAGAAGAGUUUCUCCAGAAGGCAACACAUGACCACACACAUGAGAAGACACACUGGAGAGAAACCUUUUCCAUGCUCAGUGUGUCCCAAAAGAUUCUCCAUAAAUGAGCAAAUGAAAAGACACAUGAGAACACACACUGGAGAGAAACCUUUUACUUGCUCUCUUUGUAAGAAGAGGUUUUCCAGAAAGCUUAACAUGUCCACGCACAUGAGAACACAUACUGGAGAGAAACCUUUUACUUGCCCUGUUUGUAAGAAGAGUUUCUCCACAAAGCUUGUCAUGACCAGAAACAUGAGAACACACACUGGAGAGAAACCGUUUAGUUGCACUGUGUGCGAUAAAACAUUCAGGGUUAAGAAUAAGGUCAGUAAACACAAGUGUGUAACAGUCAUGGAAGCUGCAGGGAUUUAAAACCACUUAAGCAGUGAUUGUGCUAAAUGUACUUUAAAACACAGCAUGUUUAAUAUGAAUGAAUAUUUGAUGUUGUAUGUAGUAGUGCUUCUCAUCUUCUACUGUUAUUUUAUGUUGUUCUGGAAUUACUUUUUAAGUUGUGUGCAUUUAUUGAAUAUCAUGUACUAUUUUAUUUUAUUUUCUCAUUGUUAAAGAGAGAACUUCUUUCUUAUUAUUUACAGUUGUUUUUUGUUCACACAUUUUCUUCCAUUGCAUUUUUAUUGAUGUUAUUAUCCAAUUAAAAGAAUGAAUGAAUAA